CAAUUUUAUAUAAAAGAGUCAAUCAACUAAGAGUUUGCAUCAGUUGAGAUAUAUCUCUCUAUACAAUUGCUUUUAAUAAAAAAUUCUUCUUCGACAUACACAGAUACUGACAUCAAACAUCAUGACGGAUAGAAGCAGCAUUUUAUAUUUAUUCGAUCGCCCUAAAGAACCAUUAUUCGUUGCAAAAGGAGAAAAUAAUGUUUCUUUCGAUGUACCAUCUGAAUACUUGAUUGAUCGAUAUAAACCACUGGUAUCUGACAUUCAUAAUCGCUUUCCUGGGGAUAAGAAUAUUUCUGUCAAGAAGUUAAACAAUAUUCCAGACCUAUCAUUACCUUUAUCACUUUCCAGAAAUGCAUCAUUUUCGCUUUUUAACCCACUUCAUAGUAAAAUGGCUUCAAUGCUUAUAGAAGCCUUUAUGGCCACGAAAUCAUUUGACGAUCUCUUGUCGUUAGCAGUGUACUGCCGCGAUCGAGUAAACUCGUACAUGUUUGUUUAUGCCCUAUCUGUAGUUAUGUUACAUAGGCCUGAAACUCGCAAUUUACGAUUGCCCUCACACGUUGAGAUGUUUCCGAGUUUAUACAUGGGGCCGAGUGUUUUUUCCCGAGCCAGAGAGGAAGCGGAAGUGGUUCCAGUUGGUUCCAGAGUUCCCAUUGAAAUACCCCAAGAUUUUACUGCUAGUGACCUGGAUCCGGAGCAUAAACUUAGCUAUUUCCGUGAAGAUAUUGGACUGAAUCUUCACCAUUGGCACUGGCAUUUAGUCUAUCCGUUUGAGGGACCAUUAAAUGUUGUCAAUAAAGAUAGACGUGGUGAACUAUUUUUUUACAUGCAUCAACAGAUUAUAGCCAGAUACAAUAUGGAACGAUUAAGCAAUGGAAUGAAUAGGGUAGAACGUUUGACUAAAUGGAAUGACCCAAUAGUGGAAGCUUAUUUCCCAAAAUUAGAUAAUAUUUUGAGUAACGGAGUAUGGCCGUCGAGAUUCGCCAACUCACGACUUAGUAACAUCAACCGAGAAGCAGAUCAAAUAUCAUUUGAUAUCGAAGAUCUAGAGCGAUGGAGAGACCGAUUAUUCAAAGCUAUACAUUCUGGAUUUAUUGUUAACACCAAUGGACAACAAGUGCCGUUAACCGAGCAAGGAGGAAUUGACAUUUUGGGUAAUCUUAUUGAAUCCUCUAUACUGAGCCAAAAUCCAAAUUUGUAUGGUUCUCUACAUAAUCAAGGUCACAAUGCAAUUUCAUACAUUCAUGAUCCUGACGGUAGAUAUUUGGAAAAAUUUGGUGUUAUGGGUGACUCAGCGACUGCAAUGCGUGAUCCUAUAUUUUACCGUUGGCAUGCAUAUAUUGACGACAUAUUCCAAGAAUUUAAAUCUACAAUACCUAGUUACCCUGUUCAAAAUUUGACAUUCGAAAAUGUGAGAGUGCAAAGUGUUGAAGUAACGGCUACUGGAAUACCACGUAAUGAGUUUUCCACGUUUUGGCAAAAAAGUAACGUUGAACUAUCUAGAGGCUUAGAUUUUAUGCCACGUGGAUCAGUAUUGGCCAGAUUUACUCAUUUACAACACGCUCCAUUCAAUUAUAAGAUUGUCAUUGAAAAUAAUGGAAACCAACGAACUGGAAGGGUUCGCAUUUUUAUCGCUCCUAAAUUUGAUGAACGUGGUUCACCAAUUAUAUUCAGAGACCAAAGGAAGUUAUUUGUGGAACUUGACAAAUUUAGUGUAUCAUUGAAGAGAGGAAGAAAUGAAAUAACUCGUUCAUCUUUGGAGUCUUCGGUAACCAUACCGCAUGAAGCAGUUUAUCGAAAUUUAGAUAAUAAUCGACCUGCUGAUAAUACAGCUGAAGCAGAAGCAUUUAAUUUCUGUGGUUGUGGAUGGCCUCAAAACUUGUUAAUACCCAAAGGAUCUGCAGAGGGACUGCAAUGUCAAUUGUUUGUCAUGGUGUCUGACGGCGCGACCGAUCAGGUGGAGAACGCACAAGGGGCCAAUCAAACAUGUGACGAUGCUUCCAGUUAUUGCGGUUUGCGCAACGCUCGUUAUCCGGACUCUAGGUCUAUGGGCUAUCCGUUCGACCGGGUACCUCGUAACGGCGUGGUAACCCUCCAACAAUUCUUGACGCCGAACAUGAUCGUACAGGACGUGCGUAUACGUUUUACUAACCGUACCGUAUCAUCGUUUACAAAUAAUAGCAGACCAUCAGCAGGAACGAGCAAUCCUCCAAGAGGUGGUAACAGACCAAGACAAUAAUAUGACGGUCAUAUGAAACGUAUACGUAAAUAUAGACUAUGAUUCUAUCUUGCUCGAUUGACCACAACAUCAACACGUUCAUCAUAUUUUCUUAUUAUUCUACAUAAUUGUGAUAAUUAUUCAAAUAAAAUAUUUUAGUUUCCAUUAUAAUUUAUAUU